UCUGCUGUCACGGUUUAGCUGUGAUUGGGUAUUUGCUAGGCGGUUUGUGAUUGGCCGGCACACUCAGUAUAUAUAGACGUCACUGCGGCCUAUUCUUUCUCUUUUACUCCAGCUGCGCAGGAGGAUCUCCACACGGCUUUGUCUUCUCGUUCCCCAUCGUAGCUUUCACAGGGGUAACUCACAAUGUCCGGAGGUCUUGAUGUCCUGCAGAUGAAGGAGGAAGAUGUCCUCAAGUUCCUUGCCGCUGGUACCCACUUGGGUGGCACCAACCUUGACUUUCAGAUGGAGCAGUACAUUUAUAAGAGGAAGAGUGACGGCAUCUACAUAAUCAACCUGAAACGCACAUGGGAGAAGCUGUUGCUUGCAGCCCGUGCAAUUGUGGCCAUUGAAAACCCAGCUGAUGUUUGUGUUAUCUCCUCCAGGAACACCGGGCAGCGUGCUGUGCUGAAAUUUGCCUCUGCUUGUGGAGCCACCCCGAUCGCUGGGCGCUUCACCCCUGGUACCUUCACUAACCAGAUCCAGGCUGCCUUCCGUGAGCCACGGCUGCUUGUAGUGACAGACCCCCGUGCUGACCAUCAGCCACUCACAGAGGCUUCCUAUGUAAACAUCCCCACCAUCGCCUUGUGCAACACGGACUCUCCGCUGCGCUAUGUGGAUAUCGCCAUCCCCUGUAACAACAAGGGUGCCCAUUCUGUGGGUCUUAUGUGGUGGAUGUUGGCACGUGAGGUCCUGCGCAUGAGAGGUACAAUCUCACGUGAACAUCCCUGGGAGGUCAUGCCUGAUCUUUACUUUUACCGUGACCCAGAGGAGAUUGAGAAGGAGGAGCAGGCAGCAGCUGAGAAAGCUACCACCAAGGAGGAGUACCAGGGUGAGUGGACUGCACCAGUGCCAGACUUCCCUCAGCCUGAGGUUGCAGACUGGUCCGAGGGUGUUCAGGUGCCAUCAGUGCCCAUCCAGCAGUUUGCAGAGCGCACGGAUAUCCAGGCAGCACCAAAAGCUCCAGCUGAAGACUGGAGCUCACAGCCAGCAAGCACUGACGACUGGUCUGCUGCCCCCACAGCACAAGCAUCGGAAUGGGCUGGAGCAGCUGCUGAUUGGCCUUGAGUGCACCUGGGUCUCAUGUCAGAGGAAAAUAAAUAUUUUUCAGAA